AUGGCUGGCAAGGCAGCACAGAAGAAGGUGGCGCAGAAGGCCGCGGAGGCGGCCGAGGCGGUCGAGGCCGCCGCGUCGCCCGACCUCAAGCGGCUCGAGUUCGUGGACAAGGCCGCCAAGGCCUUAUACGAGAACACCUCGGCCGCGUAUGCGAACGCGAAGGGGAAGCUGCCUCAGGUGGUGAUGGGGACGGUGAUCGAGCCCAUUGAGGGGCUCGUGGGCAAGACGAUGAGCACGUCGUACGCGACGCAGGCGCAGGAGGCCGCGCCGAAGAUCAUGGCGACCGCGGACCAGAAGAUCGACAUGUACAUCACGCGAGCCUUCGACGCCUACGAGACGCAGAAGGCCUUCGUGACCGCGAAGGUCGCUCCCUACUCGGACCAGGCCCUCGCGCAGCUCCAGACUGCCCGCGAGGCCUACCUCACCAACGUCGAGCUAGCCCUCGGCCGCGUCCGCGCCGCGUUCCCCGCCGACGUCGGCGCGUCCGCCACCGCCGCGGCCGACCGCGUGCACGCCGCGAUCGCCGACGCGCGCGGCAGGAUUACGGACUUUAACGUAGUCGGCAAGGUGCACGAGUCGUGGACGACGUUCCUCCGCAUCCCCGUCGUCCACGCCGUCGCGAUGCAGGCCGAGCCGCACGUUGUCCGCGCGCGCGGCAUGUACAGCGUAGCGCACGACGCUGUCGUGUCGAACGCGUACUACGCGCAGGCGCACACCGCGGCGUGCGCGCUCGCGGGCUGGAUCGCGGGCUCGUGGCCCGCGCAGCAGGCCAGCCGCGUCGUCACGCCGGCGUACAACCGCUACAUGCCCACGACGGCGCGCACCUACGUCGAGGGCUUCGCGGGCGGCGUCGCGUCGCAGCUGCGGCCGCUGGUGCCGGGCGCCUGA